UUGAGGGGGAAACUGGAAGGUUUGUUGACGCCAGCUGUAUGCUCGACUCUGCCCUCGUGGUUUUUAUUGUUUUGUUAUAAUAAGUGAAAAACAUGCUGCAAACGUGUUGUGUUAUUAACUGUCACAAUCGUUCGCGGCAUUUUCACACUGGGAGACCGGCUUAUGAAAUGGAUGAACGGGCACAUCUCGGACACACGGAGGUGGAAGCUGCAGAUAACAAGAGACUACACAUAACUUUGUACGAGGAGGAACUUUCUCCAACAGGAGAGGAGAACGAGCGACUACGACAACAACUGGAAGCUGUUUGCAAGACUCAAGUUGUACUAAACAUUGAAGACAUCCAGCAGCUGAUUGGUCAUCAAGAAGCAUGUCCCCCUCAGCCACAGGGUGGGAGCUCCACUUUGGUGUGGGCAGUGCUACAUCCAAUUAAAGAGGAAGAGGAGGAUCUACAGCCCCCCUAUGUUGAAGAGGAAGAGUGGAAGCCACAGGUCCCCUGUGUUAAAGAGGAAGAGGAAGAACUCUCCAUCACUCAGGAAGGAGAGCAUUUUCUAGGGCCAGAGGAGGCUAAUCUCGCUAGGUUGCCACUGACUGGUAUCUCUGUGAAGACCGACGACCAUGAAGACAAACCACCUGAGUCCUCACAGCUUCAUCAUCGUCCAAAUGAGGAGAUGAGAGAGGCGGAGCCUUCAUGCAGCAGCUCACUGCAACACAUGACAACAGAAGCUGAUGGAGACCACUGUGGAGGAUCACAAGCAGACAACCUCUUAGCUCCACUGUCAGAUAGUGACGACAUAACGUCACACUCUCCUGAAGAUGAAGACAGCGACUACAACCAAGAAUCUCUGAGCAACGAUACAGACUGUGAAGAUGAUAUGAUGACUCACACUGGCAACAAACACUUGAAGAAAAGGACAGCUGCUUCGCAACGGGUUUCUACCCCGACAGAGCCGGCCUGUUUUUGGAGGACAGACGUCGAGCAGCUCCACAAGGAUGUGGAGCACGGAGAGCUUCUCUCCAACCACGACGCAACAUUCCAGAUGCCGACGGACGCUGAGGACAAGUACAGAUGUGUGUUUGAGCUGUUUGGCGUAGAGGACAUCGUCACCAAGUCGGAGAGAAGAAGCAUCCUGACCAACGCCAGAGAUGAAGACAUCUUUGGUGGCGCCGUCGCUGCCACAGUGGCGGUCGUCAUGGAAGCAGACAAGGAGAAGCUGCAAGCGGUUGUAAACAUACAAGACCUGAGAGCCAACUGUACAGGCAGGCUCCAUCAUACAAGAACUGGCAACAUGCAGGGCAAAGAAGACAUACUGGGCAAGAAGCCUCCAAAGGCCUUUAUCCUCCUGGUGGCUGCCAUCCUCUUGACCUUGAUGAUUGGACUCUUCAUCUUCAUAUUCAUGCCAUCGCAACCACCUAACCUGCAGAAUCUGCCAGAGCCUUUGACCGCCUUGGACAGUGCAGAACCAGUGACUAUUGGGAUGCUGAUAGACCGUAUAAAGAAGUUCGCUGCGGAUGUUGAGGCUCGUCUGCUCAACGCAGGCAUUUGCCCUCUGACAUGGCGUAAACAUGCCAAUAGAUGUUUCCUCUUCGUUAGCGACAAAAAGAACUGGAAUGAUGCUGAGGCAAACUGCGUCGCCAUGAGCGGACACUUGGCCUCAGUUCACAACCAAACCAUGUACGACUUCUUGAAGGGAUUGGCUAAUGAACAAGACAUUUGGGUUGGGGGCUACAAGGCUGGUAAUGAGAAUGGUGGGUGGAAAUGGACGGAUGGUUCCAAGUUUGAAGUGAAGAAUUAUAAAGAGAAGGCUGCAAAGGAUGUGGGAUGGUCAAACGGCCAACCUAAUAACGCGGAUGGUAGCCAAGAUUGCAUAGAGAUAGCCCUGUAUCUCAAUGGACUCAAUGAUCUGACAUGCAGUGAGAAACGCCCGUUCAUUUGUCAGAAGUGAUGGGGGUGGUCUCCGCUGUGCGAUCUUCAAAGACGUCAGUGCUGAAAGAUCAUCACUCUGCUGUUCAAUUGUUUGAAUGAAUCAUACUGUAAUCAUAGAGUGCACAUUAUCCCAAGCAGUCUGCAAGACUGGAGACAAAACACCAAUUUACAAACUAUUUGCAAACAGCAUUCAGUUCAGGAGAAAAAAACAAACAUUUUUAGUUAACAUAUUUUGAACCAACAUACUUUGUAUUACCAUUGAACUUCACUGAUCUAUUUUCCAGCAGCUAAAAUGAUGCACAAAGUAAAUAACAAGCUGCUACCCAACGAUGGACCACCAUUUUCUCAAAACAACAAAAAAUUAAAAAAUCAUCGUGUAAUUUUACAAGAAUAAAAGUUUUUUUGAAAUUCAAGGAGAAAAUGUAAUUUUUCAAAGUUAUGAGAAGAAAAUUAACAAGGAGAAAGCUGACAGAAAACAAACAGCAGAAAUAGAAAAAAAACAGUUCAUUUUAUGAGCAUAAAGUCAAAAUUCCCAGAUAUCGCAUUCUUACAAAAAAGAAGCAAUUUUACAGCCUCAAAUGUCAUUUUAGUAGCAUUAAGUUGAAAAUGUUUUUUUUAAAUAUAAUUUUGGGAAAAUUAGGGAAAGUAUUAUGGGAAGAGGAAAAUUGACAAAGUUGGAAAGUUAUAAAAUGACAAAAAACCCAACAUCAGAAAUGGAAAACACCAGCUAAUUUUCUGAGAAUAAAGUCAAAAUAUCGAGCUAAAAAAACAAUCACAGCACAAGAAACUGCAAUUUUGCGAUGUUACAUGAUGUCAUUUUAAUAGCAUCUGAGUUGAAAUUCUUAUGUAAUUUUGGAAACUAGGUUGAAAGUUGAAAUAGUUGGAAAAUAACAGCAGAAAUGCACCCCUGGCACAGACUGCACCACAGGCAGCCAAGUCAGGCUGGGGAGAACCUUGAGAACAAUUUGCUCAAUCGUUACAUUGUUCACAAUUUGGGGUUUUAUUUACUCAAAACUGCACCAGAACUGUCAAGGCAAACCCAUAAACAUUAAUUUGCAAAAAUUUGGUUUUGUACCCAAAAUAUUGCCUUACACUGUGACCACUCACUAACCUUUGACACAGUUGAUCUACUCAGCUAAUAAAGCAUUUCUAUAAAUCAAUAAAUUAUUACAUUGAUUUGUUAUAUCUGUACUGUACUUAUUCUAAGGCACUCAACAAUUACAUCAAAGCAAACAGUUAUUGUAAAAUCUAGUAUGUGUUACUUAAUAAAAUCACUCAGUCAUCACUUUUGCCUGCACUCCCUUCUCUCGAUACUCUGGUUCUCCUGAUAGUAGUGAUGUGGGAGCAGCGAUGGCAUAUUUGAUGAAGGCAAAUCAACAGGUACAGUUGGUCAAAUCCUAAUUUGUUGCAGUCCUGACCUACGGGUGUACACAAACUACAGCUACCGCAAAUCUACAUUUAAAAAGUAGAUUAAGAUUUAUGGUAUCGGUUUGAAAAAGAUAUUGUGCAUCUGGUUAUAGUAAAUGCCACAUCCUUUUUUCAUAUUUAAACCUGUAAAAUUUACUGUUUUUUUAGUUUUUUUUACAUGGUCUCAAAAGGAGCGAGUGCAUCACCAGCCAUUGAACCUCACAGCACGUCACUGCUUAUUGGGAUGCUGUAAAGUCAAUCACAGACCUCCAGACAUAUACUUGACUUAGUUUUAUUGACAAUGCAUUAAAAUCUCAUUGAUUACAAUCCCAGUGCUCAAACUUGUUAAAAUCUAUACAAUCGAGCAAAAAAACAUUUCCCUCCACAAUGGGCCAAUACUGUUGCUUCCUUCCGGUUACGCCCGGUAGAGUGCCCUCUACCGACAGAAACUAGUAGUGAAAACUACAGCAAAGCAGACAUACAAUUUAGGCUGGAACAGAUACACUAGAAACCCAUACUUUAUUAGGUGUUGCAUUCAAUGUUCACAAUAAAAUACAGCAUCAAACAAUGAAUGUGAUACCCAAUCAGGACAGAGCCAGUAUCGCAGAUAUUGACACUGAUAAUGUAUUUUUUCAUUAAAUGUUUCAGUAAAAUGUAAUAGUUUUUCCUGUACUUUCUUUAUCACAAUUAUAAUCAGAAUACUUGAAAUUUUGGAAAAUAAAAAAUACUUGCAUCAAUACACUUGUAAUACAUAUUGAUGAAAUGUUCCCAACAAUAUCAGUAAAAUGAUAUGAUUCCCUUUUAUUACUAACAAUCGUUUGAGCAAAAUCACACUCAUCCUUCAAAGGCCUCCUGAAAGCGGUCCGUACCCCAAUGAGUGAAUCAUAAGAACUCCAUCUUCUAUGCCGCUUAUCCCCACUGGUGUCGUGGGAGUACGCUGGAGCCUAUCACAGCAGACUUUCGGGGAAGAGACAGGGUACACCCUGAACUGGUCGCCAGUCAAUCGCAGGGCACGGAGACACAAACAAUCAUUCACACUGACAUGCAUACCUAUCGACAAUUUAGAUUAGUAAAUUACCGUGCAUGCUUUUGGAUAGAAACCGGAGUGCCCGGAGAAAACCUACGCACGCAUGGGGAGAACAUCCCAACUCCACACAGAGAUGCUCAACAGAUUCAAACCCUGAUCGUCCAGAUCUCCUGACUGUGUGGCAAAUAAGAUGUAUUUAUUGAACAAAGACACGUGCAAAGGAUAUUACAACACAAUGGUAACUGAGCGACUGCAUGGAAGUCAGGCGAGUCAAACAGUCACUCUGCAUGUGUUUUCUCAAAGAGGACUUCCAGGAAAAUGUGUCACCACAUUUUGAGCAACUAAAUGGUUUUUCUCCUGUGUGUAUUCUCAUGUGUGCUUUCAUGCUUGUCUUCCGAUUAAAGUGUUUACCACAGUCCGAGCAACUAAAAGGUUUUUCUCCUGUGUGCGUUCUCAUGUGUGCAUCCAUGCUUGACUUCCGAUGGAAGUAUUUACCGCAGU